CUCUGCGACGCGGGGCGACCCGAAGGCCUGGAAUGGGAUCCAGAAGCGUGGGGAAGCUUAAAGUGUGGGGCUGGAGGGAACUGGGAGCGCUUCUGGGUCCCAGCCGUGGGUGCUGCACCCCACAGGACUCCGGGUACCGACCCGAAGGCGACGUGCGGGACCCCCGGCCGCGCCGCAUCUGGUCCAAGCACCGCGACCUCUCCCUGCCCGUCCCCAAGUUCAAGUUGGACGAGUUCUACGUGGGUCAGAUCCCGCUGAAAGAGGUCACCUUCGCCCGCCUGAACGACAACGUGCGCGAGCCCUUCUUGGCCGAAAUGUGCCGCAAAUACGGCGAGGUGGAGGAGGUGGAGAUCCUCCACCACCCCAAAACCCGAAAACACCUGGGCUUGGCUCGCGUCCUCUUCACCAGCACCCGCGGCGCCAAGGAGACGGUGAAACACCUCCACAACACGCCGGUGAUGGGCAACGUCAUCCACGUCCAGCUGGACAUCAAAGGGCAGCAGAGGAUGAAAUACUACGAGUUGAUCGUCAACGGGGCCUACACGCCCCAAACUGUGCCCACUGGUGGCAAGACG